AAAACUAAAAGAAAAUGGCGUGAAGGGAUAUAAGAAGUCUGAAACACAGCGUUUGGAAUUUAAAUUUAAUACUUUUUUAUUUUUCGUGUCACUAAUAAAUUAAAAAAUCAACAUGGCUCCGAAAGCUAAAGAUGCCGAAAAAGAAGGGAGUAAGAAGGAAGGUCCGAAGCAAAAAAGCUGUGGAGUCAAUGGUCCUGGCCCAAAAUACAAACUGAAAACUGUUGUUGGCUACGAUGACCAUUGUCACUCUAAAUUGCGAAAUCCAGCGUAUUCAAUCGCUUAUAAACAAACUGGCGGGAACAGAACAUGUGGACCUGGACCACAAUAUAUGUAUGAAUUAUCUAGGAAGCCUGGUUUUAGUAUUGGUGCCCGAUGGACUUCUACGGGUAUAAAAUGCAGUCCAGGGCCAUAUAAAUACGAUAUACCAACUUGUACACCGAAAUUUUCCAUAAAAUCUAGAACUCCCAACAGAAGUGGUAACAAAACACCUGGACCUUAUUCACUACCGGACAAAAUUUCUGGUCCAGCAUUUAUUAUUGGAAUGCGACCAGAUAGAGCAGAAUGUAAACCUAGUCCUGGACCAUACGCACCUUAUCGAAUAGACACUAUAAAGCCUAGAAUACCCACUUUUGUUAUUGGUAAUAAACAAACUAGCAAUUUCAAAUCCCUUGGACCUGGACCAAUAUAUCUUCCUGUUUUGCUCAAAAAGUCUCCUGGGUUUAGCUUUGGCAUAAAACACAGUGAAUGUUCAUCACCUUUCAUCACUGAAUGUGAUGAAAAGUGCUAGUGGAGGGAUUGCUUAUAUUAUUUCUGCAUUUAAAUCAUGUUAAUCCCUUUAAAAGUUUGUUGAUAGAAAUAGGAUCAAAUCAAGUCCUAAUAAAAACAUUUAAAGAUCCCCAGU